AUGCGCAGUCUGCUUGGCAUGACUUCGACACCUUUGCCAGGCCGUAGACGCGUCAUCCCGUUACUUCUUUUGCUGAUAUCCGCGAGUAUCUUCCUCUACUCAUGGGAUGUUGCUCGUGUUCCGCCAUAUCCUGGCCUGACCAAGCUCCCCGCCCACAUCGCACGAGACGAACACCCCAUCACACAACUGAUUUCGAAUGCCACUGCCCAUUUCGAAAAUAUACUGAGCGAACGGUCCUAUACACUACAUGAUGCUGCGGAGCGAUACCGACAACGGCGUGGCCGCCAUCCGCCACCUGGGUUCGACGCAUGGUUCAGACAAGCCAUGAAAGAUGAAGCCAUCAUCGUAGAAAGCUUCUUCGAUAGGAUACACCACGACAUAAAUCCACUAUGGGCGCUUAAUCCUCGAAAAAUGCGCGUUCAGGCUGCCACACAGCCCCAAGUCAUCAGAGUUCGAAACAAAAAGGUCGCCAUGAUUACUGACGACUUGAAGCGACAGCCAUGGAUUCAACACUGGACCGCCCUCGUCAAACAGAUGAUGCCCAACCUGCCAGAUCUAGAUAUGGCUGUCAACGUUAUGGACGAGAGUCGCAUUUUGACGCCCUGGGAAAUCAUUAGCAAUUAUACCAAGCUCGAACAGGAGCGUCGCGAGCUCAUCACACCAGACCUCGCAAUUACCGAAUACAGCGGCUUGCACGACAUUGACAGCCAGAAGCUGCAAAGUUUUGACCCCGAAUGGAUAAAGGAUAAAGCACCUCAGUACUGGAAUUAUUUUCGCGAGACCUGCCCAACUAACAGCCCCGCCAGAAACGUCAGCGCUCUCGAGUCCUUUAACGUGCCUAUCGAGUACCCGACGAGCGAGCAGAUGCCGUACGCAUACCGCGGCUUCAUACACAACUUUACCCAGGCCCGCGAUCCGUGUCUGCAGCCGCACAUGCGCAGUCUUCACGGCACAUUCGUCGAAAGCAUUAGCAUGUCCACCACCAAGACGCUAUUCCCGCUGUUUGCCGGCUCCAAGCUGCCCACUAACAAUGAGCUGUUGAUCCCCGGCGCCAUGUACCUCUCGUCGCGCGCCUUUUACAACGGCGGCCGGAGCAGCGGCGGCAAGUGGUCCGCCAAGAAGGACGCCCUCAUCUGGCGCGGCACCGCCUCGGGCGGCCGCAACAAGGCCGACAACUGGUGGCAUUUCCACCGCCAUCGGUGGGUGCAGAUGAUGAACGGCACCACCGUGUCGCGGGUCGAGGCCGGCGAUGCCGCCGGCGCUCCGACCUUUGAAUUGCUCUCGGCCCAAAAUUACAGUCUGCCUCUCCCCAUGCACGGAAAAAUCGGUGCGUGGUUGUCAGGCUUUUCCGACGUGUCCUUUGUCCACCUCGAGUGCUUCCCCGAGCCCCCCAAGAAGCCCAAGAAACUACAGGGCACGUGUUCGUAUACGGGAAAGCACAUGGCCAAGGGCAAGCCGAUGCCUAUGAAGGAGCAGUACCGCUACAAGUACUUGCCGGACAUUGACGGUAAUUCCUUUAGUGGCCGCUGGCGCGCCUUUCUCAAGUCGACGAGCAUGCCGCUCAAGGCCACCAUCUACGCCGAGUGGCACGACGACCGCAUGACUCCCUGGGUGCACUUUGUUCCGUUUGACAUGUCGUACAAGGACAUCUACGCCAUUAUGCAGUACUUUCUCGACGGUCGUGACGCCCAGGCAGAAGUCAUUGCAACGGAGAGCAGUAAUUGGGCCAAUGCCGUGUACAGAGAUGAGGAUAUGAAGCUCUACGUCUGGAGACUGCUGCUUGAAUAUGCGCGCGUGGUUGACGACAACCGUCAGCGGCUUGCAUUCGUGGACGAUUUACGAGGACCGGAGCAAUGA